AUGACUGCAGUUGUGCUAGUAUCGAAGGAUGGAGGAGAGUUCAGUAUUGGAAGGGAAGCGGCGUUGGUAUCGCCGACGCUGAAGUCGAUGCUGGAAGGCCCAUUCAAGGAGAAAGAUGGUCACAUUGAUCUUCCCGAGAUGAGUUCGGAUGUGGUGCAGAAAGUCAUUGAGUACCUGGAGUAUAAGCUGAAAUACCAGGAUGCGGACCCACAGAAGGAGGAUGUACCUGAAUUCGAUGUCCCUACGGAGAUGUCCCUGGAAUUGUUGCUGGCAGCAGAUUACCUAGGUAUAUAA